UUCUGCCUUCUCCUCCCCCUCCUCCUCCUCCUUCUCCCCCUCCUCCUCCUCUUCCUCCUCCUCGUCCUCCUCCUCCUCCUCCUCCUCUGGCUCCCCACACCCCGCUCCAUAGUGAAACAUGGGACUGUGCUACAGUCUGCGGCCACGGCUCUUUGGGGAUCCCAGCGGCUCCACUUCCAACGCCACGACCUCGGAAUCGGAGCCGCCACCACCACAGCAGCAGCAGCAACAGCUGCCCCAGCAGCAACCGGACCGCACCGCCCUGCCAGCGCCGAGCUCUGGGGAGCUUCACCGUCCCGGGGACCCAGGGACAGCGGCUGCAACCAGGGCUGGGGGUGGAGAAGGCGGCGGUAAAGGCGGCGGUGGUAGCAGUAACGGUGGAAGCUGCGUGGGGGAGGCGGCGGUGUCAACAGCAGCUGCGGGGUCGCUUCGCCGCGGGGACGCAGUGGGCAAGCAGCUGUGCGCCGGGGACCGGGACGGAGCGCUUGUCCUGCAGAACGGUGGCGGUGGGGCCAGCGGCGCUGGGAAUGGGGCGGCAGAGCGGCAGCAAAAGCAGUCGCAGCAGCCCAAGCAGCAGCCCAAGCAGCAGUCCAAGCAGCAGCCGGGGAAGCAGCAGCAGCAGAAGCAGCAACAGCAACAAAAACAGCAACAGAAACAGCAGCAGCAACAGAAACAUCAGCAGCAGCAGAAACAUGGCAAGCAGAAGCAGCAGCCGCUUAAGCAGCACUGGGACAAGCUGCGCGUGGAGGAACGCGAGGCCGAGAGGGAAGCGAAGAAAGUGAGCAAGAGCAUUGACCGGGCGCUCAAGGAGCAGAAGAGGGAGUACAAACAGACUCACCGACUUCUCCUACUGGGGGCUGGUGAGUCAGGAAAAAGCACUAUUGUCAAACAAAUGAGGAUCCUGCACGUCAAUGGAUUUAAUCCAGAAGAAAAGAAACAGAAAAUACUGGACAUCCGGAAAAACGUUAAAGAUGCGAUUGUGACAAUAGUUUCAGCAAUGAGCACUUUAAUACCACCAGUUCCUUUGGCCAACCCAGACAACCAAUUUCGAUCAGACUAUAUCAAGAGCAUAGCCCCUCUCUCUGACUUUGACUAUUCACAGGAAUUCUUUGAUCAUGUAAAAAAGCUUUGGGAUGAUGAAGGAGUAAAGGCAUGCUUCGAGAGGUCAAAUGAAUACCAACUGAUUGACUGUGCACAGUACUUUCUAGAAAGAAUUGACAGCGUCAGUUUGAUUGACUACACACCCACAGACCAGGAUCUACUCAGAUGCAGAGUUUUGACAUCAGGAAUUUUUGAAACACGAUUUCAAGUAGAUAAAGUAAAUUUUCAUAUGUUUGAUGUAGGUGGUCAGAGAGAUGAAAGAAGAAAAUGGAUCCAAUGCUUUAAUGAUGUCACUGCUAUAAUCUAUGUCGCAGCUUGCAGUAGCUACAACAUGGUGAUCAGGGAAGACAAUAACACUAAUAGGCUACGAGAAUCCCUGGACCUUUUCAAAAGUAUCUGGAAUAAUAGGUGGUUGCGGACCAUUUCUAUCAUCUUGUUCUUGAACAAACAGGAUAUGCUGGCAGAAAAAGUCUUGGCAGGGAAAUCCAAAAUUGAAGAUUAUUUCCCUGAGUAUGCGAACUACACUGUUCCUGAAGAUGCAACACCUGAUGCAGGUGAAGAUCCCAAAGUUACGAGGGCCAAGUUCUUUAUCCGGGAUGAAUUUUUAAGGAUAAGCACGGCAACAGGGGAUGGCAAGCAUUACUGCUACCCUCACUUUACGUGUGCAGUGGACACUGAGAACAUCCGCAGAGUGUUCAAUGACUGUCGAGACAUCAUCCAGAGGAUGCAUCUUAAACAGUAUGAACUCUUGUGAUUAGGGUCACCGUGGAGCCUGUGGUUUUCAAUGAUCUGCUCCUCUCUCUUUCGCGUGUCCUCUCUCUCUUUCUCACAUUUCUCUGUCCUACCCAAAACAGGAUGGAAGAAUAUAUUCUAGAGUACUUGUUAGCCUCUGGGUCUGUUUACUUUGGUUAUUAGCCCCACCCACCCGAACCCCAGUGUUCAUUUAGAGUGAGUUUUUCUUUUAUUCUUCCUGCUUCUUUGGGACUAGGUCCUGGCUUCACUUCAGUCCGCCACCACUUUGUCAUUCCAUUAAGCCUUUGGCUACCUCCAUUUUCCCCUAGGAUUUUUUUUAAAUUUUCAAACAUAACCUACUCAAUUUUUCCAGUAGGUUAUGUCAACAUAAACUGGUGACUCUUAUCAGGUGGCCCUACAAUCAAACCUCUGCAUGUUAGGGGUCCUUUUUUUUUUAAACAUGACACUGAAGAGUACUUGAUAGGUGAAAAGAAUAAUGCACUUUGUAUCAGGUUAUUAAAUACUGUUGAGAAAGCAUACACACAAUGUAGCAGCACUAUGAUAUUUAUUAUUCUACCACAGUUUUUAGCAUUGAGUUGCAGGUUAACUAAUUAAAGUGGCCUCCUCUUUUAAGGCUGUUAACUGGCACAGGUCAUAGAGUAGAGCCUGAGAGGCAUGGGAAAGAUAAGCAAUUCUUCUGGGGUUUCAUUGCAGAGUGUACCUACACACCUCAGACUUUUGAAUUAGAAGCUACUUCUAGCCUACUGCAUCAAGGCAGAAAAUCUACUCCUUACCCUGAACUGUUCUUUGUUUUGUCCACAAAUGAUCCUUUUAGCUUAGGUCAUUCUUGGACACCAGUCCUCCCUCUCUAUAUAUAUUUUUUUUGUUUUACUGCUGGUUUAUUAUAUUGUACAGACUGUAAAAUGUAAUAUUAUUUUGUACAACUUUAUUGAAGAAAAUACUUGUAGAAGAUCUUUGUGCCUUGAUUAUGGCUGUACCUGUAAACUGAGCUAAGAUGUAAGUAUGUUUUUGAUUGCGCUGUACAGCUUGAUGUCAGCCUUACCUGCAGUCAUGACUGGAGGUAGGAACUUUAUCUGUAGAAUUUAGGGGUUUUCUGGUUUAUAUAUAUAAAAAAGUGGAAUACACUUUAGUAAAAGAAAAUUAUAUAAAUUAUGCAAAUUUAACCACUUACACCUUUAUAAGUAAGGUCUUACCCGGUGAGAAGCUGUUGCAGCAACAUGCCUUUCCUUUUGGGAGACUCAGCUUUAAAAUUUGAAUUCAUUCGGGUCCAAAUUGCAACCAGGUGUUGUCUCUCAGCGGGAGGAACCAAGAAUUUUUUUUCCUCUCUAGACUAUGUUUCAUAAUUCUUUGGUUAUUGAUAUUUUCACAAUCACACAGGCAGAUUGUGAACAUGUAGAGCACCCUCAGAUAAAGCUCUUAAAUCUUUGUAACAACAGCAGAUUUUAUUGUGCAAGUAAAUACGAGAAAAGAAUAUUUUAAAAAGGUGUAACCCAUGUCUGGCCUAAGAAAAUUGCAAGAUGACAUUUUUAUUUCUCUUUUAAUAAAGAGACACAUUAGAAAAUUGUUUUAUUUUAAAUAUUGUAGGAUCAAAAUGUGUGAAUAUUUCUCAAACUUGAAUAAUUUAUGCAAAUGACAUUCUCAAAACAAGUUAUGGUACAGUACAUUAUAUAAAAAGCAAGAAUUGUUGUAGCAAUAAGGCAUGUCCUUUUUAGUAACUAUAACACUGCUUUAUAUUUUAUACAUGGGUGUUUUGUCUGCGUGAGUAUAUACUUUUCCUGUGUCUGAAAUAACCUGUACAAAUGUCAAAAAUUACAGUUGCAAUAACAGAAACCUAGACAAGUGUUAGCCUACAUUACUUCAUCAAUUUUCUUUACCAGUACUUGGACUGUCUCCAUCCUUUGUUUAGAAUUUUAAGACUCACCCCAUAAAUCAGGUUUUUAUAAUAUAUUUUUUAAAACCAAUGCUCUCCUUUGCCCUAAAAUUAAGUGUCAGUAAAUGCUCCUCUAUUUCUUCAUUUAAAACUAAUUUUAUGACAUAUUGUAACAGCCUCUCUUGCAUCCUCCUGAGUUUUCUCCCAUCAGCAUUGUAUUAACCCUACUGUUUCAUAAGAUCAUUCAGUCAGAUUGAUAGAUGAAAAAGCAAAACCAACGUCCAAAUUCCCUCACACUUCCAAGAAAGGGAGAGGACAUGCAGCUAUAUUCUAGAUGUCUUUCGAGAAACCAAAAAUAUGGAAAAACUGGAGAGGGGAAGAAUUUCCCAAAUAAAAUGAACAUCUAUACUGUGAUGUACAUAAAAUAUUUGCCUCUCUUACAGAUUCCUUGAACACUAUAGUACAAGGUUGCCUGUUUAUAAUGAUGCUAAAAGAAAAAUCCAGGCUGCUUUAAAAAAAAUUAUUUCUGGCUCAAAAUGAAAAAAAUCAAUUUACCUUUUUAUAGACCAUUUUUUUCAAUUUUCAGAAGUGUCUUUUUUGACCACUAGAAGGGAUUAAAGAUUGUCUGGUAGAAAACUAAUUAUACCUACUUAAAGAAUAACAAUAAUAAUAAUAAUAAUAAUAAUAAUAAUAAUCCUGUUUCAGCAGAGAAAAGUAGAAUUCUACCAAACAAACAAUAUUUUCCUGCUCUCAUAGUAUCUAAAGGAGAAUCUGCUUCCCCUUCCAGAUGUACAGCUUUAUAACACUUAAGAAUCUGAGGGAAAUGUCAUACUAGAACAGAAGCCACACCCACUGAUAUGUACAUACACUACUGCCAGUGUGUCUCUGGGUUGCAAGUUCCAUCCAUGGAAGGUAGGAGUUUGUAGUGCAUGCAAGUUAUGAGGCUAAUAGGACUUACAUGUUGUACAGAUACAAUCUGAGUAUACAUAUAUUUGAUAAAAAUUAUAUAGCAAGAAAACAGUUCAGUUUGUUGUAGGAUACUUGUUACUUUUUUUUACAGCAUGAAAACAUUUCAAUCAACUAUUUAUCCUGUAGUAAUUCAUAUCAAUUGUUUAGAAUUUCUAUGAUGUGCAUAAAAAUGGAUGGCCUGCAUCUGGACUCAUCUAGUUGUAGGUCAUUCUCUGACAUGAAUACAGCCUGAAGUUCAGUUGUUUUCCGCUUUGGUAUUUGUUACUAAACGCAGAAAUGUCCUGCUCUUCACAUUGCCUUAUGCUUUCUGAUUACGUAUCAACCGAAUGAAAUGAGAUGAAAAGAAACGGUGGUGUUGUAAAGGCUGACAGUGAGUCAAUAUUAACAAAGCCACCAAAAUACCUGCUGUGCAGUAAAUAGUCAGCACUGUAUGCUCAAGUGGAAGGAAACAUUUGGAGAGGGAAUAAUCUACUGAUGUUAUGCUGCCCUAAAAAAAAAAAAGAAAAGAAACAGUCAUGCUGUUGUUAGAA